UGCAGCCCCUCCUUGGUGAGCCGAGGCACCCAGACGGAGCCGGAGAUGGAGUCACCGUCCCCCGGACCCCUGGGCCUGAGCAACGGGCCCCAGGCCCUUCAAGGGGGCAUCGAAGAGUCUGGCGGGACCCAGUUUGAAGGCGGGGGCAGCAGCAGCAGUGGUGCCGGCUCCCCAGGUCCCCCCGGGGUCCUCAAGCCUGUGCAGUCCCCGCUGUGUGCUGACACGCCUCGGAGAAAUUCCUCCUCCUCGUCCCCCUCUGAACGGCCCCGCCAGAAACUCUCCCGGAAGGCCGCCUCCUCCGCCAACCUGUUACUGCGGUCGGGGAGUACUGAGAGCAGCCGAGGGGGCAAAGAUCCCCUCUCCAGCCCCGGGGGCCCUGGAUCUAGGAGAAGCAAUUAUAAUUUAGAAGGCAUCUCGGUGAAGAUGUUCCUGCGAGGCCGCCCUAUUACUAUGUAUAUCCCAUCUGGCAUCCGCAGCCUGGAGGAACUGCCCAUUGGCCCACCGCCAGAGACCCUCAGCCUGGACUGGGUAUACGGGUACAGGGGUCGGGACUCCCGCUCCAACCUGUUUGUGCUGCGCUCUGGUGAGGUGGUCUACUUUAUUGCCUGUGUGGUGGUGCUCUACCGGCCCGGGGGAGGCCCCGGGGGCCCUGGAGGAGGCGGUCAGCGGCAUUACCGGGGCCAUUCAGACUGCGUGCGAUGCCUUGCUGUUCACCCUGACGGGGUCCGUGUCGCCUCAGGACAGAUGGCGGGAGUAGAUAAGGAUGGGAAGCCCCUGCAGCCUGUGGUACACGUCUGGGACUCGGGGACACUGGUGAAGCUGCAGGAGAUUGGAUUGGGGGCCUUCGAGCGGGGCGUGGGGGCCCUGGCUUUUUCCAUUGUGGACCGAGGUGCCUUCCUCUGUGUGGUGGAUGAUUCCAACGAGCACAUGCUGUCGGUGUGGGACUGCAGCCGAGGCACCAAGCUGGCGGAGAUCAAGAGUACAAACGACUCUGUUCUGGCUGUUGGCUUCAGCCCUCGGGACAGCAGCUGCAUCGUCACCAGCGGGAAGUCUCACGUCCACUUCUGGAACUGGAGUGGGGCAGCAGGGGUUCCUGGGAAUGGCACUCUCACCCGGAAACAGGGCGUCUUUGGGAAAUACAAGAAACCCAAGUUCAUCCCUUGCUUUGUGUUCCUCCCUGAUGGAGACAUUCUGACUGGGGACUCAGAGGGGAACAUUCUGACCUGGGGGCGGAGCCUCUCGGAUUCCAAGACCCCAGGCCGGGGUGGGGCCAAAGAGACCUAUGGGAUCGUGGCCCAGGAGCACGCGCACGAGGGCUCCAUCUUCGCCUUGUGUCUUCUUCGGGACGGGACAGUGCUGAGUGGUGGCGGGCGGGACCGCCGACUAGUCCAGUGGGGGCCUGGUUUGGAGGCCCUCCAGGAGGCUGAGAUUCCUGAACACUUUGGGGCUGUGAGGGCCAUAGCGGAGGGGCCUGGCUCCGAGCUGCUGGUCGGGACCACCAAGAAUGCACUGCUGAGGGGGGAUCUGGCUCAGGGCUUCACUCCUGUUAUCCAGGGCCACACGGACGAGCUCUGGGGGCUCUGCACGCAUCCCUCCCAGAACCGCUUCCUCACCUGUGGCCAUGACCGGCAGCUCUGCCUGUGGGAUGGGGAGGGCCAUGCCCUGGCCUGGAGCAUCGAUCUCAAGGAGACGGGCCUCUGUGCCGACUUCCAUCCCAGUGGGGCAGUUGUGGCUGUGGGACUGCACACGGGGAGGUGGUUAGUUCUGGACACGGAGACCAGAGACAUCAUGUCGGACAUCACUGAUGGCAAUGAGCAGCUCUCGGUGGUACGGUACAGCCCAGAUGGGAUGUACCUGGCCAUCGGUUCCCAUGACAACAUGAUCUACAUCUAUAGCAUUUCCGGCGAUGGUGCUAAGUCCAGCCGCUUUGGCCGCUGUGUGGGUCACUCCAGCUUCAUCACUCAUCUUGACUGGUCCAAGGAUGGGAACUUCAUCAUGUCCAAUUCUGGGGACUACGAAAUUCUUUACUGGGAUGUGGCGGCCGGCUGCAAGUUGUUGCGGAAUCGCUAUGAGAGCCGAGACCGGGAGUGGGCCACCUACACCUGCGUGCUGGGCUUCCACGUCUACGGCGUGUGGCCCGACGGCUCCGACGGGACGGACAUCAACUCCCUGUGCCGUUCCCACAACGAGCGCGUGGUGGCCGUGGCCGACGACUUCUGUAAAGUGCACCUCUUCCAGUACCCGUGCGCGCGCGCCAAGGCGCCGAGCCGCAUCUACUCUGGCCACGGCAGCCACGUCACCAGCGUCCGCUUCACGCACGACGACUCGCAUCUCGUCUCCCUGGGCGGCAAGGACGCCAGCAUCUUUCAGUGGCGCGUGCUGGGCGCCGGGGGCGCGGCGCUGGCGCCCGCCACGCCCUCUCGAACCCCGUCCCUGUCCCCGGCCUCCUCUCUGGACGUCUGAUCGCGGCCGGAUAGAGGUGACCAGCUCUCGGUGCGCGCUCGCGCGCCCUCCCUUCCUGGGGACCUGGGGCCGAGCCUUCCCUCGACUUCGAGACAUUCCAGAGUGUCCCUGGAGGGGCCGACGCCCGCAGACACUGUACAGACCCGCUGGCCGAGGCCCCCCGGCUCCGGCUCCGACAGCCGCCGCCUGCUGAAGGGCAAUAAAGGAAAACCAAAGUGCC